AUGAUUCGCGACGUUGACUCCCUUGAUUCCUUAGUUGAUGAUUUAUGUAGAGAUCUAGACCGAAUCAAUUCAUCUUUGCUGGCUCCGUGGCAGAAACUGGACGCCAUUCGAACAUUUGUCCAACCUUGCCUCACAUUCGCAUUACGUGCUGGUGAACCCCAGAAAGCUUCCCUCGUUUCAUAUAGAAAGAAGUUAAUCGAAGUUGUUCGUUCAAUCUGUAACCUUCCCCUUAGAGCUACUUCCCACAUCAUAUUCGCCUCCUCUAAAGCCGGUGGCCUAGGUUUUCAAGACCCCCUAGCCGAGGUUGAUAUCCAAACGGUUGUGCAGGCUAUCAAGAUGUUAUCUUCCAGUGAUCCUUUCGUCUCUGCUGUUGCCAUUGGUGAGUUGAGGAAAGCCGUAACGUUUGCUACCCGAUCUGAUUCAUCUCCUGCCUUGAUCCGUGAUUUUCUAUCCGGAUGCACCCAAGGAAAGUUCCAUCCUAACCGCAUGCGUUAUCGCACCCACUCCCUCUGGACCCGAGCGAGGUCAGCCUGCCGCCAUCUGGGCCUAACUUUCAACGUACCAGACAACGAAGCUCCGUCAAUUUCCACUGACACGAAAGGUCCUUGUCUUGCUAAAUCUGCAUCUUCCUUCCUACACCAUCUAGUGCAAGAGCGUGCCUCCUUCAAACUAUUGGCUCUUCCUGAUCAAGGUAAAGUUGCGAGGGCAUUGAUCAAGGACGCUUUCAGCAACGGAUCAUCGUGGAUCUACACGGGUUUAAAUUUAAGAUUCAAGGAUUGGAGGUUCAUCCAUCGUGCAAGGUUAAAUGUCGUACCAACAAAUCAGAAUAAAUCCUGUUGGUCGGACUGUUCAACUCUCUGCCAUGUAUGCAACUCCAAUCCGGAAACCUCACCCCACAUUGUCUGUCACUGCAAAAGCAACAUGGUCCAAAUUCGUGAGCGACACAACACUAUUGUAGAGCGCCUACAUAAAGCAGUUCGAUAUGGCAGGGUGCGCAUUGACCAACAGGUUCCUGGAGUUAACGACAAAUGCCGCCCAGAUAUCCUUAUAGACGAAGGCCGGGAAAUCACCAUCAUUGAUGUCACCUGUCCGUUCGAUAAUGGAGAUGAUGCAUUGGCCACUGCUGAUUACAACAAACUGCUAAAGUACAAUCACCUGAAACAGCAUUUCCAUCAACUAGGUAUCAAAUGUAACCUCUAUGCUUUUGUGAUCGGCGCGUUAGGUACAUGGCACCCAAAUAACGAAGCUGUCCUCAACCAACUGCGUAUGUCCAAGACCUACAAAUCCUUAUUCCGCAAGCUGUGUUGUUCUGAUGUGAUACGUGGUUCUGCUGAAAUUUAUUAUAAGCAUAUGAAUGACACUCAAUGA